CAGUUGAACAAGUUCGCUACCAAACAACGCAAUCAUACAGAGGGACGCCUACAUGUGCCAAAAUGAGAAGCGAAUUUUAUUUGUUUUUACUGAUUUUUGUGUCAAAAAAUGUGGUUGAAUCGGCGAAAUUAAAUCAUCCGCGCGUUCUGCUGCCCAUAUUUCAAGACAAAUCCAUCAAUUUCACGCUGGAAGUUGUCGAUCCCAACUGCUACAAAUGGACUUCAUCGCGUCAGGAUUUGAUAAGUGUUACGCCCGUUUAUAGUGGAUUCAGUGAGUGCGCCAGCCAGGCGAUUGUUACCGUGCAGACACGUGAGAAACGCCGCAAUACGGCAAUUGUAUUCGCCGAGGAGGUGGCCACCGGCGCGACGCUCCGCUGCGAUGUGAUAGUCGAUACGAUUGAUCGUUUGAAUGUGCGCACAGCGACGCGACAACUGUACUUGGAGGAGGCGCCAGCCACUUUCGAGCUGCACGCAUUCGAUUCCCAGGGCAAUGAGUUCUUUACGCUGGAGGGCAUUGAGUUCAAUUGGGAGAUAUCGGCAUCGAGCAGCAAUAUGCCGCCUGCUUUGCGUUUUCUUACGUUCUCGGACAGUCCGUUUCAUGUGGUGCCGCCGGCACUGGAGAAAUUCGAAGCGGCUGGCGUUAAGGGCUACAUGAUCUUGCUGGAGGGCAUCAAUACGGGCACCUCCAAGGUGGCUGUCAGCAUGCCGCAGCCGGAGUACAGGCAUGUGCCGCCCAUUGAGGUGUACAUCAGUGUGCUGGCCAACAUCAUUAUUGAGCCAUCCGAGGUGACCAUCAUGGCGGGCGAUACCAUCACCUUUCGCAUUCUACAGCUCAAAAUGGACAGGCUGCACGAUAUAACGGCAAAUCGUCAGUACUUUCUCGAGGUUGAGGAUGAGAAUAUUGCCUACCUGAAGAGCAGCAGCGUCACAGGCUCACGUUUGGGCCGCACCCAAGUUUUUCUGCGGGAUCGCAAUAUGCCGCAGCAGGGCGACAGUGCGUCCGACAAGCCGAAAGGACCCAGCGCUCUAUUGACCGUGGCGGAGCCCGAGAAGCUGGGCAUUAGUCUGCUGCCGCACAAUAACUGGAUUACGGUUAAAGGCGAACGCCACGAGGUUGCCCUGGAUCUGUUUGCCAGCGAUGGCCAAAAGAUAACCCUGGGCACACGCUACAACAUCGGCUCCGAGCUGGAUGAAUCUUUGUUUACGAUUCUGAAGAAGACGCGCAAUGGCAGCCGGCUGUACGGCGAGGCGCUCCGGCAGGGCUCCACACAAGUUUAUGGCUCCUACAAGGAUCUCUCGGUGCAGGCAGAGAUGCAAAUCUUUGAGGAGCUUGUGCUGCGGCCCACCAAAGUGAUUCUGCCCUACGAUCCGAAUACCGUAAAGCCGCAGAAAUUUCAAUUUUACGCAACUGGCGGGGAUUAUAAUUAUAUGUGGUACUCGGGCAAUCAGCAGGUGCUGCAAAUCGAUGGCCAGGGCCUGGCCACAACGGAGAUCCGUGAUGUGCGCAUGCCAGGCGUCUCCCAGGAGCUAAUUGAUGCCGGCGUCCAGCUGGCUGCGCAUACCACAGUGCGUGUCGCGUUGACCAAGAACCAAAAGGUUUCACGCCAAGCACAAAUCUACUUUUUGCCACCAAAGCGCCUGGAGAUUAAACAGUUCAACUUCGAGACGGCUCUCAGGGAUUAUGUGCGCCUGCAUGUGGCCGUCUAUGCGCAUGUGAAUGGCAGCUAUGUGCCCUACACGAAAUGCGACAAUUUGCACUUCCAGCUGGACUUUUCGCAUCAGAUAUUGCAGCUGGAAAAUGGGCCUGUUGCCGACACACAGGAGCAACUCGCGCCGGAGGCGUGCCAUGUGCUGCGCCUACGCAGCACAGCCGUGGGCAGCACCUUGUUGCGCAUCUCCUACAGCUUCCAGGACAAGGUCUUGCAGGACUCCGUCGACUUGCAUGUAUACGAACCGCUUUCUGUGCUCAAUCCGCUGGAGAACGAGGUGAUCCUGCCCAUUGGCGCUUCACGUAAUGUUAUCUACGCGCAUGGACCGCAACGUAUCUUUACUCUCGAGGCGGAACUCACCAAGGAAACCAAAUUUGAUGGCAAAAUUAUAAAAGUCUCUGAAAUAGAGUUCGACACACAGAAUGCUCUGACGGCUUUUACCGUGCUGUGCCGUGAGCUGGGCAAGACGGAGUUUACGUAUCGUGUGCACAACACGCUGGCCAUGCCCAGCUUUGCCGCCUACCAUGCCGAGGUUACCACCAAGGUGCACUGCGUUCGCCCCCGUUUCCUCAAGCUCUAUGCACGUCAACAGCUGCGCCAAUCUUGUCCCGUGGAGCUGCGCUCUUCGCUGCUGUAUCUCAAAGAAGAGGAGAACAAGUUUAAUAUUGAAAUCGAGGUGCAGGAUGUCAAGAAUCGCAAGCUCAUGAACAUCAGCUCAUUGUGGCUCGAAUGGGAGUUUGCCGCCGGCGACGAACGCUAUCAAACCGACAGCAUUCCCCACCAGCAGCUGCCCGAAGUGGAACUCUAUCAUGGCGUGCGUCUGCCCGCACGGGAUGUCCUUGUUCUGACACUAAGCGAAGUGGCGCCCAAUUUUCGCAUCAAGGGCACAGUCGCCCACUACAAUGACAAGCUGCUCGCACAGCAGGGCGUACACGCCGAGCGUCCUCCAUUUGGUGUGAAGAAUCUGAAGACGGGUGAAGUUACCAAGCCUGUGAUUGAGAAUGAGAUACGCUUCCAUACGGUGAAUAGCACGCUGUUGCCAACGGAUCAUGUCAGCAUUUAUUUGGCACCUUCGCACAGCGAACGCAUACCCAUCGCCCAGGGCAGCGGCUUCUUUCAGCUGGAGCUCUCCGAGCAGGGCAUUGUGCAGGUUACCCAUGAUGAGAAUCUGCAGCAGCUGGUGUUGACCCCAUUGCGUUUGGGUCAUGUGCGACUGGAGCUAACGGAUCGCUGCCUGAUGAACGAGCCCGCACAUUUGUCCAUCUCUGUCGUGGGCAUUGGAUCAAUUAGUGUGCUCGCCUUGGAUCGCGUCGAGCGAACCAAUUCCAUUGAGGCCAUUGUGCGUCUGUUCGACACGAAUGACAAUCUGCUGCACAUUGAUUCCGAUAUGUUGAGCGUCUAUCAGCUAUCCGAACUGGUCUUUGAUCCCACCGUAUUGAGCGUCCGGCUGGAUGAGCAACAUAAUUUGGGUGUUGGCGAAAUACGCUACAGCAUAACGGGCAACAAUAUUGGCGAGACAAAGAUCGUCUUUCAGUCGGGCAAGGGCGAGCGUCAGGUAUCCAGUGAGCCGCUCAAUGUGCAGGUCUUUGCGCCCAUACGCCUUUAUCCGCGCAAUUCAACGCUCGUCGUCGGCUCCAGCAUACAAAUCUUCUACCAAGGCGGACCGCAGCCCAACACAAACAUAGUUUACAGCGUCCAGCAACAGCAUGUGGCCACCAUGAGCUCAGCCAUUCUCACUGCUCACAAGCUGGGCUCCACUAGGAUAACUGGCCGCUGUCUGCUCAAGAAUCCCAUUAACGGCAAGGAUGAGAUCGUCUCGGAGGAUACGGUGGAAGUGCGUGUCGUUGCCCUGACCGCCGUCCAAGUGCGCACGCCCCUCGUACGUAUACGCGCCGGCGCCGUCAUGCCUGCCACGCUGUGGGGUCAACCGGAUCUGUCGCCCAUGGUGCUGGGCACGCUAGAGAAUAUGCGCAUUAGCUGGACAGUCAAUCAGGCGGAUGUUGUUGAGAUCUUUAAUGUGUUCACGGCAGCGGGCAUAGAGUACCAAAGCAGCGAUUUAAUUUCCGUGCGUAUACGCGCACUCAAUCCCGGCAAGGUUACCAUUACGGCCUCUGUGCAAUUGCCGGAUGGCGUCAAGCUGCCAGCGUCGAGCGUCGAGCUAAUUGUUUUCAAAACACUGGAGCUGCUCGCACCAAAGCCGAUAACAAUGGACUGGAUUUUGGCGGCGCCACGCAGUACGCUUCAGUUGAAAUGUAAUAUGGAUGAUGCGGUCUAUAAGUUGGAUGCCCAGAGCAGCGGAAUUGUUGCUGUCACGCCAGAUGGUGUUGUCCACACAAAGGAUACCCUCGGCCGAGAUCUGAUAAUUGCUAAAACCGUCGACCAAACCCUGCCCAUUGGAAUCGAAGUGAAGAAUGUGCAAUACAUUUUGGUGACUCUGCAGCCGGACAUCAAAUUGAAACAGCUGGAGCAUAAAAUACCACGCGGCAUGAAUUUUAUAUUUAAAGUCUCGCUGCACGACAAUCUCGGCAACGAGUUCUCCCACAAUAUUGAGGAUGUGAACGGUCUGCGCUACGAUUUGGCCACCAAGGAUGUGGUCGAUGCACAGAUUGGCAAUAAUCUGACAAUUGCGUUGAAUUUGCAACGCGAGACAAGCAACAUGAUUGCCAUCAGUUUAAAGGAUUCAACCGGAGUUAAACAUGCCGAGGAUUACAUCAAACUGUCUGUGGCCGAGUCGCAGCUUAUAUACCCCACCAGGACAAUUUUCUCUGUGGGUGACAUCAUUUGCUUCGAUUCACCGCUAACAUUGUCAUCGAUUUGGAGCAGCUCCAAUGAGCAGAUGGUAACGAUUAAUAAAAACACAGGCAUCGCACGCGUGCUGAGCCAUCAGCACAAGCUCGGCGAGAAGGUUGUGGUGACAUGUGGCGAUAAAUCGCGUCGCGGUGGUUACCUCAAAUACGAUCUGGAACUGCGUGAAUCGGAUGCGAUUGUGUUUGCCAAAUCGCUGGACAUAUUCAGUGGGUCGGAGUACACGGCGCAGCUGGUGCUGCGCAAUCACAUGCAAACGGACAAGUUCAGCAAUCUGAUUGCCCACAAUAUAUCCAAGUGCAUAAAUCAAAUGCACAAAAUCGUUGUGGACGCGUUCACCUGUCGCCUGGUGGCCAAGAAUGAGCUCGGUCAAAAGUUGUUGAAACUGUAUCAGGUCGAGGCCAUAUUCGAUAUAAACAGCUCUCAGUAUGCGUGCAAGCUGCUGCUAACGUCCAGUUUCACGGAUUUGCUGUCCACACUGAAGACAAACAAUGUCUACCUCGAACUGGAGGCGGCAAUGCCGAAUGGCGUGCUGGAUACCAUGUCGCUGAAAAUGGUGCCGGGCAUUAAAGUGUCGCUCGAAUCGCUGCAGGUGCACGAUCUGAAAUCACAGGAGCUGCACAUAAGUGGCCUGGACAAGGCGUUGCAAAAACUGCAGGUCAAGCCCUCGGACUCGAAAUACUUUGCCAUUGAAUUGAUUGAGCAUGCGCAUGGCCUGAGCAAAUAUCGUGUGCGCUUCUUCAAAGAUUUUCCACUGGAUGAGCAUUUCUAUGUGCUGGUGCACUCGCCGGAAACAAAUCAGAGCGUUGAGGUGCCCAUUGUGGCCGACACGAGCAUGGUGGAGAAGUGCACGGGUCGAACGGGCGGACCGCUCUUCCAGCAUCUAAUGGACAACCUGGGCUUUAUACUGACAACAACAUUCAUUGUCAUCGUCUCGAUAUGGAUAUACAUAUCCUUCUUCCAGACGCAGGGCGUCACGCAAGUCAACUCCGAGGCAUUUCAGCAAAGGAGAAAGGGCGUUUCGUAUUCCCCUAACAACUCGGCCCAAAAUGUAUCAAGGAAUGAUUCAAUUGGUGAUGGUUCGUAUUCAAGACAUGCGGGUCGGUCCCCCUCGAGGGACGAGUCUUAUAUCUAUGGCGUUCCGCAGCUGAACACCCCAAAUAGAUCAGACAUUUUGCGACGUUACAAUUAGUUUAUUAGUUGCAUUUUUGGCUCUGCUGCCGAACUGACUUUUCCUAGACUAGCUGCUAAGUUAACUUACGAAAAAAAAAGAAGAGAUAAACUCAGGUUAAUUAUAUCAUAAAGUUUACUGCCAAAGUGUGUGUAGGUUGAGGUGUGUUGAUAAUUUCUUUGACUCUUAAAAACUGGACACUUAAACUUUCGUUAUUUUAGUGACAAUCGAAAUUGAAAUCUUUUAAAUUAGUUUUUGUUUAUGCGAAAAACAUUUUGAGUUGAUUUUGAUAAAUUUACUUGCGUUUAAUUACAUAUUUUAAUUUUGAGUUCAGCUUUUCCUUAAGCCUUUAAGAGUGUAGUUAAAAAUAAACUAAUAUUUAAUGCGCAAGGUUUGCAUCUGUUCUGGUUAUUUUACUUGUACAUAACUUAUUUAAGACAAAUGCUCGGAUUGUAAGCUUUUUAGCUAUUAAAUAUAAAUUAGUAUUUAGAGAAUUUUUCAAUUUUCAGGAGCUGCUGAUUGAAUCCAUUUGAUUCAAUUCAAAAACUUAUUUAUUGAACCUUUUGCUAAAGCUUAUGAAUGUCAUUGUCAACAUCGUGUUAAAUAUUAAAUACUAGGUGAAGCUGUUUUGUAAUAAAGAUAAAAUAAACAAAUAAAUACUAAUUUGAGCAAA